AUGCAAUUAGAAACUAUGUCGCUCUCAACUUACGUUAACAAUAAUAAGAAUACUGAUAAUAAUAACUCGAAUGACAAGGAUUUACUAAUGGAUUAUCAACUUCAUGAACCUUUACAUUCACUCUCGAGUUUUACCACAUUUAAUAACGAAUAUAUGUUACCUUACGAUGACUUGGACUUAGACACCAACAUUGGCGAAUCAUUCAACUAUGAAUACAAUAAUAAUAAUAUUAAUAAUAACGCCAAUAUGAAGGAGACAUUCGAUAGCAUGGCUACCCAUUCUGAUGCCAUUCUAAUCAAUAACAAAAACACCGGCACUACUGCUACUGAUGAUAAUAGUAGUGCUAAAAGAAGAGAAUCCAUUGCUCACUCCAAAGGUAUGGGCGGUGUCUCUUGGGGCUCUCUUUCAAUGGGUUCAUGGUUAAAAGAUAAUAAUACAAAAAUUGCACAUUCUAGUAAAAUAUCUAAACCAUCAUCAACAAAACGGAAGUCAAUUAAUAUUAAUAUCAAUAAUAGUUGGAAAAUAUUCGAGGAUCUUGACUCGUUGGGAGAGGAAGAAGAAGAAGAAGGAGAGGACGAGGACAAUAAUAGUAAGACAUCUUUGUCUCCUUCAUCAUCAACUUCUAUAUCAACAUCAUCUCCAUCCCAAGAACAUCAACCUAUACACUCUUCACCUUCCUCAUCCAUAUCAUCAUCAACAUCAUCAUCAGCAUCAGCAUCAGCAUCAGCAUCACAACAUACAUUAUUGUUUCCUGAUGAAACUUUAAAUUACUCUCCAUACUUACCUGAUUUCGAAGAAAGUUAUUGUAAAAAUUAUUCAUGUUGUGGUGUUUCAUUACCAAGUCUUCAUGAUUUAUUGAAACAUUACGAGGAAGUUCAUAUCGUUGUACCAUCGGUACAAUCAUUGCAUAAUAAUAAUGGGAAAUCAAAUACUAAUAACAAUAAUAAUAACAAUAACAAUAGUGAUAAAAUUCAAAAGGGAAAUAAUAACAACACCAACAAUAAUAAUAUUCAAACGCAUAACAAGAAAAUCAUAACUAAAAAGACAAAUAACAACAUGCAAAUAUCUCAACUUAAUAACAUAUCUAAUAGAACAACAAAUUUGAUUGAUACUGUUUCUACAAAUGAUGUUUUCCUCGAUUCUCCACCACAUCAUCUUAUGAUUGAUCAAAAUCUUAACAAUUCUCGUAGUCAGGAAAUAGAUAUGAGUUUACAUGAAAGACCGAUAAUACAAGAUCUUCUCUAUAAUGGUAACUUUGCAGGACAAACUGAAACUGAUGAUGGGGGAGAUACUAUCCUGUCUGAUUAUAAUAAGGUAUUAAAUGAAACAUAUACCUAUACUGUAGGUAAUACAACCAGCGAUAUGACAGUUACUAUUGACAAUCCAGCAAGGAAAUUAUAUGUGGAGAAGAACAAUAACAAAGCUAUUAAGAAUAAGAAAAAUAAAGAGCAUUCCUCCUCCUCCUCCUCCUCGAUGAAGAAGGAUAAACCAUUCCAAUGUCCAGUGAUUGGUUGUAAUAAGACAUAUAAGAAUCAAAAUGGAUUGAAAUAUCAUAAAUCACAUGGUCAUCAAAGUCAAAAAUUGAAAGCUAACGAUGAUGGAUCAUUUACAAUUUUGAAUCCUGAUUCUAAUGAACCAUAUGAAAAUGGUCAAGAUGGGAUGAAUUUAUAUGAAUCUGAUAAACCUUAUCGUUGUGAUUCAUGUGGCAAAAGAUACAAGAAUUUGAAUGGUUUGAAAUAUCAUAAGGGACAUUCUACUCAUUAG